AUGCAGAGAUUGCGAGGUUCGGAUGAGAGGUCUCCAUAUGUAUUUGGUCAAUUCCCUAAAGAGCCAAUGAUAACAAUUAGUAAUAUAACAAAAAACCGCACGUGGAUAUACGAACGUCACAGGGACUCAACUUCUACUCGGUGUUACAUUUUGUUAAGUCAUUGGAUGUUUGGGAUGAACGAGAUGGAGGUUGGAGACCAUGUUACUAUUACUGUUACAGCACCAACUGAUGAACUUGUAAAGGAGUGUGGGGUGAGUCUUGUGUAUGAUGAUGGACAAGAAGAAGGAGAAGAAGAUGCGUUGGAUUAUUACAAGUCAUGGAAUCACAUAAUUGGUGGAGAUCUCUCUCCUUUUCAAACAGAAACAGGACAAUAUAUCCUACACAACUGGAGAUUUUUACGGCCUGGCAUUAUAUUGUAUCCCUAUCACCGUAAAUUCGUUACGGACGGCCCCGAAUAUCAGGUACAAGAGAAAGUGUGGUUUAGAGCUUUAUCCCCAAGGAAGCCGGACAUACUUGUUCGUGAAUGUGAGUCGAUUUCGAAUUAA